AUGGGUGACAAAUUGAUAUUUGAGAUCAAUAACAUCAGGAAUAAACUUCCAGCAUUAUUGUUGGAUCGGUCUUCAAAACCGGCAACAUUCAGCAAUCUACAUUCAUGUCCAGUUUGCAAAUGUGGAACUGAAGGUAAGAAGGGAAAAAUAGUGGGAGGAACACAAGUUCAGUAUGCGCAUAAAUAUCCUUGGAUGGCUUCUGUAACUGCUCUCGCGGUUGAUACCAACGAUCGGCUAUGUGGCGCUGCUUUAAUCAAUGAUAGAUAUGUUGUGACUGCAGCUCAUUGUAUAAAUCCGAAGUACUUAUCUUUAAUGAAAGUGCGGCUUUAUGAACACGACCUCGAAAACAACAAGGACAACGUUUAUCAAUACAAAGUAAGGAGAAUAAUAAUACACGAAAAAUAUGAUAUAAUAAAAGAUGAUAGCGAUAUUGCCUUACUUCGUCUUGAUGUUGACGGAGGUGUACCAAUGAGCGAAAACCUUCUUCCCGUUUGUAUGCCGAAAGAAGGACUCACCUACAAAAACCAACUAGGUGUGGCCACAGGUUGGGGAACGCUAAAACGCCACGGUGAUAGACCUAUGGUCUUGCAGGAAGUCACCAUUCCAAUUUUGGACCAUGCCAGUUGUGUAGCGAGAAACACAUGGAUAACCGAAAACAUGUUAUGCGCUGGAGUACCAGAAGGGGGAAAAGAUACGUGUCAAGGCGAUAGUGGCGGCCCAUUGACCGUUACGAACGGUACAGUUCAUCGCCUGGUCGGUAUCACGUCAUGGGGAGUUGAAUGUGCUAAACCAAAUACCCCUGGGGUAUAUGUUAAAGUGAACAAUUACUUAGAAUGGAUUAAACAAAACACAUUAGACGCUUGUUGGUGUGACGAAAUGUAG